AUGUACCACCCCUUCCCCACCCCGCCCACCCCCGGCACCGCCAGAGACCACUACUCCUUCCCCCCGGCCCACAUCCCCCACCUCCACCACCCCGUCCACCCCAUCCACCACCCGCCGCCCCCGCCCGUCCGCCAGUCCUCCUCCAACUCCCAGUCCGCCAGCUCCAGCCGCCGCGGCAGCCACGCCCAGGGCCAGUACUCGGACUCGGAGAGCGACGGCGAGGACGACAAGGUCGAGCGCGACAAGCUCGAGAUUCGGCGAGAGAAGAACAGGGUCAAGCAGCGCAACCUUCGCCUGCGACGGGCAAACCACAUUGCAGACCUCGAACGCGACGUCUCCACCCUCAAAUCCGAAUCCUCCUCCCUCUCCAACGCCCUCUCCCUCGCCCAUGCCCGAGAAGCGAGUCUCCAAGGGUGGAUCCAUGAUCUCGAAAGCGUCUUGUUUAGGAACGGCCUCGCAGCCGACGUCGAGGGUAUGCGCAGAGUGUGGGCAGAGCGCGGUGCUGGAUCCGCUGGGGCUGUCCCCGGCGUCGGCCCAGGUGCAGGAAGCAGGAGAGGCAGUCUGUACCCCCCAGCAGUCGGCACCGGCGUCAACGGCGACCCAUUGUCAACCCUUGCCCGAGCAGCCUCUCAACAAACCCCAACCUACCCUCACCCCCAUCGCCACCCCCACCCCCACAGCCACAGCCAACACUCCCAACACUCCCACCACGCCCACCACCCCCACGGCGGCCACCCCACCAUGCAAAUGCCCGACCGACCCACCCUGCCAAGACCGGGCUCCUUCUCAAAACCGUACGACAACCCUUACCCCACCCCCGACGUCGUCUGGCCGCCCAGCCGCGAGCCCGACAUGUCCCUCGGCGCCGGCUCAAGCCUGAGCGCCGGCUCCGCCAACGCUCCAGCGCCCGGGGAGGGCGGUAAAAGGAAAAGAGGCAACGACUGGGAGCCUUACGGCCUCGCCGGCCCCGGCGCCAUGCCCCCUUCCGCCUCUUCCUCUGCCUCCGCCCAAAACCCCAACCAACCCCGCUCCGCCUCCUUCUCCCACCACUCUUCCCAGGGCCAACCAGGCCAGCAAGCCAUGGCCGGCUCCGGCAUGUCUCGCCGCUCAGACCCUUCGCUCAACACCCUCCCGCCCAUCCAUGCGCUCCCAGAUGCCAAUGCCCCGGGGGGUAGCCCCACCUCUACCGGUUCUGCCGCGGCGGCGGCGGGGUCGUUCUUCCCCCCGGGCGCUUCUGCCUCCCAUUCCACUGGCGCGCCCUCGGACGAGAGGGGCACACAAGGGCAGGGCGAAGGCAAAGUGUCGCCUCGGUUGAUCCGCAUAAGCGACCUCGUCUCGCCUUCCCACGCCGGGGAGACCUUCUGGGGGCACGGAGAGAUCAAGAGGGAGAGUAUCGGUCUUUCUCCGAAACAAAUCCCAACGGACCCUCUCCGCCUUCCUCCCUUCCGCCUUCAAGGAUCAACAUCUUCCACAGCGUCCACGGCUUCUUCAGCGCCAGGAGGGCAUGGGGGACACGAGUUGCCGACGCCUUUAUCUGAGAUGAGGGCGUAA